CAGUUGACGGGUUUCCCAAUAUAGAAGUGAAUGUAAAUGUCAAUACGUUUGUCUUUUGUAUUGUUUGCCCUGAACCUUAGCAUUUUCCACCUCGAUGAUCAGUGUCCCUGCAAUCAUAGCUUUCUUGGCUGUGAUUCUCUGCUUUCUCAUACGUAUUUUGAACCUAACCGAUCGAGAGCUAAUGCCAGAAACCUUUGACUCCGGGAGCGACUUUGUAAAGGCAAUCAAGGCUUCUUGUCCAUUCUUGAAGGAGAAGUAUGUUCCUCCAGUAUGGGCAAGAAGUGGACACAUGCAGACAUUGUUUGCUAGUCAGGUUGGCAGAGUAAAUGCACCAACUUUAUUAGGCAAGCACCAUACGGUUAAGAUGAAAGAUGGAGCCACUAUGACCUUUGAUGUUUAUGAACCAGAAAUGACUAAGAGAGAAGAGAAAUUAAAUACCAUUAUCAUAGUUCCUGGAAUAGGGAAUUGUAGUGACACCAAGUAUGUACGCACCUUUGCUGGUUAUGCCUUAAAUCAUAAUUUCCGAGUGGCUGUUCUGGAUCAUCUUGGAGCCAGAGAGAACAUUAGGCUGACUUCUCCAAGAAUAUUUACAUACGGAAGCACAGAUGAGUUGAGAGUCCUGGUCAAGCAAGUCAUAGCAAGGUACAACUGUCAUCAUCUAAUUGGAGUUGGGUUUUCCAUGGGAGCUAAUGUUCUUCUCAAGUAUCUUGGGGAGAAACCAGAAAGACAAAAGAACUUCACUUGUGCUAUAUCUGUUUGUCAAGGGUAUGACAUUAUCAGUGCAUCACAAUUAUUCUGUGACUGGGAGGGUGCAAGAAGAUUCUACAGCUUUGCCAUGGCACAAAACAUGAAGGCUCUAAUACUUAGGAAUGAGCACAUUCUGUUCAGAGACCCUGAAAUGUGCAUGCAAAAGGCUCAUGUCUGCAGUGCUACAUCACUGAACGAACUAGAUGAAGCAUUCAACAGGAGAAUGGCACACUUUGAUGAUAUAAAAUCAUUUUAUGAAGAAAACAGCAGCUGUAAAUUCAUGACUAAUAUUAAGAUGCCUGUUCUGUUGCUUAAUGCUCGUGAUGAUCCCAUUAUUCCUGAGCAAUUAUUUGCUUCUCCUUUAAAACAUGUUGUAAGCCAUGCCCUGACUUUCAUCAGCCAAGUGGUCGUUCUGGCAAAAGGAGAAUCCUCAAGCAUUGUUUGUGUUGACGAAACAUGGUGGUCACCUAGGGUACUACGAAGGAGGGCUGUUUGGAGUCUCCAAGAUAACAUGGAUGGAUAAGUCAAUUUUACAGUAUAUUUUAGCUGCCAUAAGUAUUUCUACUAUCCACAACUUCUCAAAGGCCUCAAAGAGCUGAUGAUCAUUUUGUAGUUUAUAUAAAAUAAUAAUUAAUGAAGUGUUUUAAGCACUUAAGGUGGCUCCAUAUAGUUUUUGUACGCGCAUGCGCCAGGUUGUGCACAAACAUGCGCAGUACCAGAACUUUUAUUUUGAUGAUGUCACGAAAAGUUGGUUGUAUGCGUUAUUUAAGAAAAAAAACUCAAAAGCUACUUGGUCAAAUAUCUUUAAAUUCAAAGUGUUUUUUCUUCGUAGAAUGAUAAGUCAGCUGAUGCAAUAUAGAAAAUAUUUUGACUACAGUAAACUUUUUAUCUUGAAAAAUCAAAAUUUCUUUAAUAUCUUGGUUUCUGUAGUCACAAUUUCAAUAAAGCCCUGUCAUAUAAUAGGUAACAAAACAAACUUUCGUAUUACACAAUCAAAAGAUUUUCAUUUUUUAAUGGCAAAAAGGGCCGCRUUUUGUGGCUAACUUCUAAAUUCUAAAUUUUCACAAAAAAUGAUUCCUAAACACAGUCUUUAAUAUGGUCAGCAUAUCAGAUAUCAAGAUAUAGAUCUGUAUUUGCUAUGAAAUAAUUUCUAGUUCUAUUACUCUAAAGCCCGAAACUAUAUGAAGCCACCUUAAAGCACUGGUAAAAGUGGGGCUCUCUUGUAAAACAAGUAUGUGUGGGUGUAGGUUACAGUAUUGACAGUAAUAAUGCAUCUUAAGGGUCAAGAGGUUACUGUAGACAGUAGAACCUACUCCUAAUGGAAUAUUGUGUUGUCAAAGUAACCCCUAGCUCACAAGAUCUGUUAUGGCAACAACUUUGGUUGCCAUAACAACAUAUCUAAUUUCUUAAACUAGGACCUUUAUUAGAGUGCAAACAAUUAAUCCGUGAAAUGCUAAUUGCUAAUUAAUAGUACAAAAUAGUGCUAAUUAAACAAUAGAAAACAAUGGACAAUUUACAUAUAAUUGUGCUAUUUAGUAUUACUAAAUUAAGUUUCACGGUCAUAUUGUUUGCACUCUAACAUAAUUAAACUACCAUGUGACAUACUAAAGAAGUUGAAAUUACUGACAACUACGUGCAAAUGACUUUGAUUACCAUGACAACACCAAGUGCCAAAUGCAAAUGACUUUGAUUACCAUGACAACACCAAGUG